CGACCUGUUCCUUCGGAACCGAGCGAUUGCUUCUGCCUGCAGCUCGCGCGGGCCGCUGAAGAUGGCGGAGUGCGUUGGCGGGGACAGCAGGGUUUCUCGCCCCUCAGGGGGGCCGGGUCAAAUUUGGUGCCUCAAGAGAGUGGGGAUGAGCGAAGAGUGGCUGCUGCUGGAGGACGGCAGCGAGGUAAGUAUAGGUCGAGGAACUGGUGCUACUUACCAACUGAUGUCAAAAUCCUGUCCUUUGAUGAUCUCCCAACACUGUGUUUUCCAGCAAAAUACUGAUGGGCAGUGGACAGUGAUUGAUAACAAGAGUCUAAAUGGUGUCUGGCUGAAUUGUGAACGCAUUGAUCCAUCACGGCCCUAUCUCUUACACGAAGGCGACUAUAUCCAGUUAGGAGUUCCUUUUAAAAACAGAGAAACAGCUGAGUAUGAAUAUACACUAAUAAGGGAAGAAUGGAAGAAAGUCAGUCCAUUUCUGGCGCUGAAAAAUGACCAGCUGACAGAGAAAAUGAAAGACAUGAGGGCUAAGCGUAAAAUUAGCUUGGAAGAAUCUGAGGCAUCUGGAGCGGAAGGGCCUUCCAAUUCCAGAACCAAAAGAAACAGGGUGUCUUCAGAAAAUGAUUCUUUGGGGAAAUGUGAGGGCGGCAGGACAGAACUGUCCAGACAAACAACAGAAAACAUGGAAACAGUGUUGGUUUCUCCAAGGCCCAGCAAAAAGGAGAAGAAAAAUCACUGUAGCACCAUUCCGCCUGAGCAUGGUUUAGCUCUUCUUUCUAAGGACCACAAAGCCCCAAAUUUGGCACAAUCUUGGAAUGGUUUGCAACAAAUAAUGAAAACUCUAGCAGAUAUGACAAAGCUAAAAGCCAAGAUGCAGGAAAAGCAGACAGCUGUCCUGAAUGUAAGGCAAAUGAACAAGAAGUGUGCUCCUGUAGAUAUCCAAGUUUUGGAGCAGGAAUUGCAGGAACUGAGGGAGCAGCUAUGCACUGAGCAGGAGCAGCAACAGCAGCAAGUGGAGCAGUUGCAGAAGACAGUCUGUGAAGAAUUGGAGGGAGCAAAGGAAGAAGAAGGAGAAGGGAGACUGAAGGAACAACUGACCCAGGUUCUAGUGCAGCAUCGUGCUUUGAUGGAAGAACUGAGCCGUAGCAAGAAGGAUUUUGAAGAGAUCAUUAAAGCCAAGGACAGGGAACUGAAAGAGACUAAGGAAGAGAAGGAGAAGGCACGAGCACAAAAGGAAGAGGCCUUGAGCCACAUGAAUGAUGUACUGGAGAAUGAGCUGCAGUGUACUAUUUGCUCAGAACACUUCAUUGAGGCUGUCACUCUCAACUGUGCACACAGCUUCUGCUCCUAUUGCAUCAAUGAAUGGAUGAAGCGUAAGCUGGAGUGUCCAAUAUGUAGAGGGACGAUAUUAUCCAAGACACGAUCGCUAGUUCUGGACAAUUGUAUUGAUAGGAUGGUGGAAAACCUGGAUGAUGAGACGAAGCAUCGCCACCUUUCCCUCAUACAAGAGCGAAAAGGGAAGCAGGUUGUUGCGGAGAACCCAGCAUCAGAAAGUGAGAGCAGUACUCUCAGCACAUCCUCAGACAGCGAGAGCAGUAGCAUUACAACAUUAGACAGCGAGAGCAGUAGCCUUACAUCUGUGCAGUCCAUCAUGUCAUUAAGCAGCUUUGAAAGUGAUGACUAUGAGGGAGACUCCGACAGCCACCAUUUUAUCUAAAGUGUCUGCACCGUACCCUUGCAGCUGUUUGGAGUCUGCUCUGGAUGCUUUCUGGGAGAAAGGAUUGGACACUUGGAACAAUGAAGGGACUGGAAUUUGAAUUGUGGAUUAAAAGGGCUUGGCAGGGUCCUGUUCUUUUCUUAA